AACACUGCUUCCCCCAAUAGCUGUGAGUAUGAGCCUAUAGUUGAUAUGGCGGACCUUGACAAACGUUUUGGACCUUUACCCAGCGCUAAAGAAGGCAGGAGCCCGUCUCACAGCCAUCACUCUGGGGAUUCACGCCGUGCCUCUGGACGAGCAUACAGGGGAAGGUUCCAAGAUGAUGAAUCUGUUGAUGGGCAACAAGCAGCUGGAAGAUCAAACAAGGGGAAGCUGAAAGAUGAGGAGUCUGGUGAUUCUCCCCAAACCCCAGGACGGACAUACAAGGGCAGGCACAAAGAUGAGGAGUCUGGGGAGACACCAUAUGGGUCAAGCCGAGCAUACAAGGGAAGAGUCAUGGACGAUGAAUCUGGAGAUACACCAAAUACCUCUGGUCGAGCAUAUAAGGGGAGGCUUAAAGAUGAUGAGUCUGGUGAUACACCAAAUGCCUCAGGACGAGCAUACAUGGGAAGGCUUAAAGAUGAUGAUGGCCCACCGCCUGAUCCUUCUUUUAACCCGCUGGCGGACAGGUCACGCACAGACCAGAAGGAAGGGUUUUCUGAUCACAAGAGACACCCACGGAACUACGGUGGGAGUGCUGACUUGACCAGAGUUAAGCAGAGCAUGAGGCACAUGAAAGAAAAA